AUGGGUCUGGGGGCUCGAGUGUUCUCCUCGGAAGAUGUCAAUAGCUUUGGAGCCUAUGGCGUUCAAAAUAUGUUUCUCCUUCUCGGGCCAACACUAUGCAUGUUGACCGUCAAUCUCACUCAAGUGAAAAUGAUGCGCUGUUUGAAGUCCGAGAACUUGGGUCUUCUCCCUGCUCAGUUUCGACUCCCUAUCUACCUUACUUUCAACAUCGUCCUUCUUUUAAUUCAGGGCAUCGGAGGCGUGAUCCUUGCUCUGACCCAUAAGCCUGGGCUGAUUGGGUCGGCAACGAAGAUUCUCAUAGCGAGCUAUGUAUGCCAGAUAGUAUUCUGGAUAUUCACACUCGCGGAGAAUAUCUUCUGGAGUAUUCGAUUUGGACGAUCUUCGUUCGCCAAUACCCAACUCAUGAUGCCUCACUGGAGACGCUAUAAUCAGCUGUUUAGUCUCGCAAUCUCGAUUAUUGCUACGGGCCGCAAUUUAAUGCGAAUGACACAGCUUGGGGUGGGAUCCGGUGGCUUUUUGACAGUCAAUGAGUGGCCUAGUUAUGCAUUUGACUUUUAUCAAACGGCGGUUGUUCUCAUGGCGUGGGGGAUCUUCUACUUGCCCGGGAUUUGCAAGGAGAUCGAGUUUAAACAUGUGCAUCAGGCGUUGCAGAAUUAUGAGUGUUGA